UUUUAGAUUUGCAUCACUUCGCCUUUGUCUUUUGUCGUGUCGUCGUUAAAAAAUUAUUGACAGUAUAGUUAAGAUUUUCCUAUUCAUUGAAAAUAAAUUUUAUUACGCUCUUUUAAGUUUAGUUUUUCAAGAGCAUAAUAAAAUUUGACGAUAUUGAGAUAUAAAUUUGAAAUAUAAGGAAAAAAGGCGUGUGUUCGUAUUAAAUAUAAAAAGUAAAUUUAUCGAAUUUUGUGAAACUAUAAUUUGAAGAAAAAAAAUGUCGGCUAUGAAUCCGGAAUAUGAUUACUUGUUCAAAUUGCUAUUGAUUGGUGAUUCUGGUGUUGGGAAAUCGUGCCUAUUGCUUCGUUUUGCUGACGAUACAUACACAGAAAGUUACAUCAGUACAAUUGGUGUAGAUUUUAAAAUAAGAACUAUAGAAUUGGACGGUAAAACAAUUAAGUUACAAAUUUGGGACACUGCUGGACAGGAAAGAUUCCGUACAAUUACUUCAUCGUAUUAUCGUGGCGCUCAUGGUAUCAUUGUUGUAUAUGAUUGCACGGAUCAGGAAUCCUUUAAUAAUGUUAAACAGUGGCUCGAAGAAAUUGAACGAUAUGCAUGCGAAAAUGUAAAUAAACUAUUGGUGGGAAAUAAAAGCGAUUUAACUACUAAAAAAGUUGUCGAUCACAUUACAGCUGCGGAGUAUGCAAAUCAAUUAGGCAUUCCAUUCCUUGAAACUUCAGCUAAGAGUGCUACCAAUGUCGAGCAAGCAUUCAUGACGAUGGCAGCUGAAAUAAAGAAUCGUGUUGGGCCACCUUCUAGUGCUACUGAAAACGCUAGUAAAGUUAAAAUUGAUCAAGGACGUCCAGUGGAGAAUACCAAGUCUGGUUGCUGCUGAAUAACUCUGUGAAACAUUAUUUUAUUAUGCUAAACAUUUAAACAAAAAUCUAUAUAAAAUAAUAAAUAAAUAAAAAUGAUAACGAUA